AGCUCGCGCCGGCCCAGCACUGCCGGCCAUGGCGCUUCCGAGCCUUCCGCGGGCGCUGGGCCUGGGCCUGCUCGCCCUCUGCCUCCUGGCGCUGCUCCGCGACGCCCGCGCCCGCCCCGGGAACCACUUGGUCGGAGGACGCGUGGACCUGUCGCCCAGCGACCCGCAGGUGCAGAAGGCAGCGCAGGCGGCCGUGGCCAGCUACAACAUGGGCAGCAACAGUCUCUACUAUUUCCGAGACACCAACAUCCUCAAGGCGCAGAGCCAGCUGGUGGCUGGUGUCAAGUACUACCUGACUGUUGAGUUGGGGAGUACAGCCUGUCGGAAGAAUAUGGCCACUGGAGACCGCAUAGAUGUCACUACCUGCCCCCUGGCCACAGGAGUACAGGAGGAGAAGCUGCGCUGUGACUUCGAGAUCCUGGUGAUCCCCUGGGAGAAUUCCUCCCAACUUCUAAAGCAUAACUGUGUGACCAUAUAGUAGACCCCUUUGGAUGUGGGAAAAACAGGUGCAUCCUGGGAAGGCACUUCAGGCCUAUGGGCAUAUCUGUCACAAUAAAUUGCUAGCACUGCUUCUUGCA